GAAACAAAAAGUUGCCGAUAAUCAGAAAGAAGUUAUAAAGUGUAUAAUUUAUGAACUUCAACAUUGAUAAAAAUGAUGCAACUGAAAUCUGUUUUCGUUACUGGAGCGAACCGAGGUAUUGGAUUAGAAUUCGUUAAACAACUUGUUAAACUUCCUGAACCACCAAGUGUUAUAUUUGCCAGUUGCCGAGAUCCAACUAAAGCUGAAGAAUUGAAAAAAAUUUCAGAAUCAAACUCGAGUGUCAAGAUCAUUCAGAUGGAUAUAAAAGAUCAUGAUAAAUUCCCUCAAAUAAGACAGCAAUUGGAACAAGAAAUUAGUAAAGAUGGAUUGAAUUUACUCAUCAAUAAUGCUGGUCUCUUGGUUCAACAAAAUUUAAGUUCUGUUACAAAAGAAGCAAUGAUGGAAUCUUUUGAAGUAAAUGCUGUGAGCCCUCUCCUUUUAGCAAAGGAGCUCUUGCCUUUACUAAAAACAGCUGUUUCAAAAUCUUCUAUUCCAAGUAUGUCAGCUAUACGUUCUGGUAUCGUGAACAUAACUUCUAAAAUGGGUUCUAUUGAUGAUAAUACAAGUGGUAGUCACUAUCCUUACAGAACUAGCAAGACAGCUCUAAACAUGAUUACCAAAUCUUUGGCAGUUGAUCUUAAAACUCAUGGAAUUGUAGCAUUUGUUUUGCAUCCUGGCUGGGUGGCGACAGACAUGGGAGGAAAGAAUGCUCCAAUCAAUACACGCACUAGUGUUGAAGGCAUGUUGAAUGUCAUUUUGACAGCAACAGAAGAAAGCUGUGGUGGCUUUUUUAAUUAUGAUGGCGCUAAUAUUUUAUGGUAAAAAAAAGAUGCAAAAAGUUAUAUCAUGAGAUUAUUUUGUCUUGAAUUUUUUUAAUAAAAUAAUCAGUUGAA